AGAAAAUAGAGAGAAUAGAAAAUAGAAAAUAAAAUCAACGAGUUUCUAUAGUCGAGUUUGGAAGAUCUAUUACAAAUAGAAUAUCAUCGAAUGAAGUAUUGGAAUUUGACAAUUCGAUAGUCGAUGGUUCGAUCGGUGUCUCACCGUUUCCCUUUGAUCUUUGUUGACCCUUGAAACAACGAAUAUCAAGGCUAAUAUCAUCGAAUUAAACCGAUCUAUCCUUAGUUAGUGGAACCAGGUGGAAACGAUUAAAUCCAUCAAGAUUUAGAUCGCGGUGAUGAAGUUUAAGAGAAACAACUUGAACUGUGAGUUAUAUCUUCAUUAUUUAUUGUACCAUCGAAGGAACUUGAACUGUCCUGUGGUCAGCGGUAAUAUGGGUAUUACUGUUACUCGUGUUCGACUUAUAGCCAUUUAAAAAAUAAUCAAAACAGAUAGAUAGAAAGAAAAGAAAUUGAAAAAGAAAGAAAUUGAAAAAGAAAGAAAUUGAAAAAGAAAGGAAGAAAAAAGAAAAAGAAUAAGCUACGUACAACUUUGAGAAUGAAAAUCGUGUCAAGAUCAUCGAGUCCGGAGCCGGUGUUGUUGGCUGUGAUAUACACGAGGGAAGUAUCUUUGGCUGAUAAAGAAAAAGAGAGAGAGAGAAAGAGAUAUAUAUAUAUAUAAAAUACUAACCGGACUGAAACGUCUCUUGUGGCGUCGUCGGCCUUCGUAAUAAAAUAGGCGCCAGGAUUCCGGAUCGAAAACAAACGUAAAUCGAGGGUGGAAGAACGUAAGUGACACGAGUAUAUUGUGACGGAGGGAGGGACCAACUUGUUCUUCCGCUCGCACGAGUAAACAAAAGGGAGAAACAUGAAAUAACAGAAAGGUAAAGGUGAUAUCACCCCGUAUAAUAUCAACUUUGUCAAGGAAAAGAAAAGAAAAGAAAAGAAAAGAAAAGAAAAGAAAAGAAAAGGGAAAAGAAAAGGGAAAAGAAAAGGGAAAAAUAAAGAAUGGACAAGUACGGAGUGGAAUUUCCUAAACGUGACUGGAGUCACAGGCUUAGUUUGCGUGGAAGUAGAAGAAGUCAUCAGAGCGAUGUUGGAAAUACUAAAUCGACGACAGGAUCAUUGAAAAGUACAAGAAGAUGGGCGAGUCUUCGACAACAUCCGGAAAACAAUGAGGGUGGCAAACCACGAGUCGAAUUACUUCUAGAUCCACCAGGAUCUAAACCUUCGACUCCUUCAACACCGCAUACACCUCACACACCACACACACCUAACACACCAAAGACACCAUACACCCCUGUAAAGAAGUCUAACUGGGAAGUUAUCGAGCACUUUACUGGCCCACCUCGUCCCUCUAUUAUCACGAUGAACAGAGGAUCGGAAGUCGCUGUUGGUAUCAAUAUUGUUGGGAAAGAAUCAAUAACGGAAACUGCUUCUAGUCCGAUAAUAACUGAACCAUCAAGGAGAUGCGCUUUCUGCAGAUUUUUAAGCUCCCUUUGUGCAUCACAUCACUUCAAAAAUCUCCAGGUGGAAAUGCUCUACCAACGUUAUUUCCUUCGCAUGAAUCAGAGUAACAUGACACACGUGUUAGGUCUACUAGCAGGAUUGGCAUUCGCUUUGGGAAUGCUACUCAUCGUUAGAUUGAUUCUAACUGAUGACGAACCCUUACUUAUGCUCCUUCGACGAUCCGAAAAUCUUUCUCUCGCAAUUACCCUCGUCAUAUGUAUCAUCGUUUACGCAGCAUUAGUAGCAGCCAUUUCGAGGCCUGGAAUGAACGAGAUUUGGUUGGCUGUUGUCAGUGGUGCCGUAUUGGUGACACUGUUGGCUUUACAAGUUACCCUGAACAUUCAUUUGGCCUACUUGCACGAGAUUCAGCAGAAAAAUUACGAAGACGAUGAGAACGAAGCAUCUUCCUCGUCAUCUUCGUCUUCGACGUCGUCUCCUAUACCCUCGUCUUCAUUGUUCACUAUGAGAACGAAAGAACUUCGUACUGGUGGACCAUUGGCAGCUGCUUGGGCAGUUUGCUUUUUCAUCUACAUGGCAUAUGCUCUUUUACCGAUUAGGUUACGACAUGCCUGUAUCGCUGGAAUCUGUUUUUCGAUUGCUCAUCUUGUUGGAGCAUUACUAUUAUAUCCUCAGGAUUAUCCUGCUAUCAUGGCCCACCUUCUAAGUUCUAUCGUCGUGGUUGGUGGGACGAAUGUUGCUGGUGCCCUAACUCAUCAUCCUAGGGAAUUAGCACAACGGCAAGCAUUCCUUGAAACUAGACAAUGCGUCGAGGCACGAUUAACAACGCAACGAGAAAAUCAGCAACAGGAAAGAUUAUUGCUGAGCGUACUUCCAAGACACGUAGCAAUGGAGAUGAAAGCAGACAUUGCUGGAAAGCCAAAAGACACGAUGUUUCAUAAGAUCUAUAUUCAACGGCACGAAAACGUUAGUAUUUUAUUCGCAGACAUUUGUGGUUUCACGUCACUAUCUGACCAAUGCACAGCAGAAGAACUUGUACGAUUGCUAAACGAAUUAUUUGCACGGUUUGACAGAUUGGCUGCCGAGCAUCACUGCCUGAGAAUAAAACUCCUUGGAGAUUGCUACUAUUGCGUUUCGGGUCUACCAGAACCAAGACCCGAUCAUGCCCACUGUUGCGUAGAGAUGGGAUUGGAUAUGAUUGAUGCGAUCACACUGGUACGCGAAGUAAUGGCAGUAAACGUAAAUAUGAGGGUUGGUAUUCAUACUGGACGAGUACUUUGUGGAGUUCUAGGCUUGAGGAAAUGGCAAUUCGAUGUUUGGAGUAACGAUGUUACUUUGGCUAAUUACAUGGAAAGCGGUGGUAUACCAGGUCGAGUGCAUAUUACAAAAGAGACCUUGGAUUGCUUGGGAGGAUAUUACCAGGUCGAGGAGGGACGUGGCGAAGAGAGAAACUCUUAUUUGAAGGAGCACAAUAUCGAAACUUAUUUAAUCGUUCCUGGCGAUACUUAUAAAGACAAUGUACCUGCAUCUGGCAUAAAAAAAGGAUUCACGAUAAAUGGAAACGUGUCAAAGGAAAUGAGGGUUAUGGGUCAUGGAUCCCAACAUGGCAAACAAACCAAAUUAGGAUUUGGUGAGAGUGUUGAGUGCGAAAAAGAUCCAGAAGAUGAAGUAAAUGAAUAUCUUAUGAGAGCUAUAGACGCAAGGAGCAUUGACCGUCUAAGAGCUGAACAUUGUACGCCUUUCAUAUUGACGUUUCGAAGGCCUGAUGUCGAAGAGAAGUAUUCACGAGAAAGAGACAGGAUGCUUUCCGCCUACUUUGUUUGUUCUGGUUUCGUUUACAUGGUUGUUGUGGUUGCUAUAGCCAUUACUCUUUCCGGGAGUAUAUAUUUCUACGCGUGCACCGGCGUGAGCGUAUUGGUGAUAGCUUUGGUAAAUGGCAUUCUACUUGCUGAGAAAAACGAGACGGUACCAGAAUGGGUAAGGAAUACUGCUGUGAGGAUUUUUGAAAAUCGAAUUAUUGCACAAAGCAUCGCUACUGUCGUUGUAUUUUUAACUUUCAUCACUGUUCUUUCACCCAUGAUAAAAUUAGAUGGAAGCGAAGCAUGUGGAAAUAACAAUUUGACUGCAAGCACAGAAUGGCUUAACAAUUCGACCGUAAUGGUUGAAAGAAUCGAAAUAAAAGAUGGACCAUGUUACUAUUCUCUUUUCUCCGACUUAUUUCCUGUUCUGGUGAUGUUAGUUAUGGUGACCUGUGCGGUAUAUCAAAUUUUAACUUCGGUUCUCAAAGUCGCUGUACUGGGCAUUGUCGUGACCUGUUAUUUAGGUGUUAGCAUUUAUCAAGCCACUAACGAUGAUAGUCUUGAUCCUGCCGAGAAAUGGUUAGCCGGUGUACUGGUAGUUUUUUUUAUGGCGUGUCUGGUCGUUCAUUCGCAACAUACCGAAGCUACAUACAGAUUAGAUUUCUUAUGGAAACUUCAAGCAACCGAGGAGAAAGAAGAGAUGGAACAUCUCAAGGCCUACAAUCAAAAAUUAUUGGCGAAUAUUUUACCAGAACACGUGGCUGCCCAUUUCCUUUCCACCGUUAAUUCCGACGAACUCUAUCACGAACAAUGCGAUUUCGUUUGCAUAAUGUUCGCCUCAAUACCAAACUUUUCGGAGUUCUAUGUCGAGUUAGAGGCGAAUAAUGAGGGCGUCGAGUGCCUCAGACUUCUAAACGAAAUCAUCGCAGACUUUGACGAGCUUCUAGCGGAGGAACAAUUCAAGUACAUCGAGAAAAUUAAAAGUACUGGUGCCACCUAUAUGGCAGCAUCCGGCCUGACGAAAAGCACCUGUGACAUGAGGGACUACAAACAUGUGACCGCCAUGGCGGACUAUGCUUUAAGAAUACGCAAACAGCUGGCAGACGUUAAUGAACAUAGUUUCAACAACUUUAGGAUGCGUGUGGGGAUCAACAUAGGGCCGGUUGUUGCCGGGGUGAUAGGUGCAAGAAAGCCGCAAUACGACAUUUGGGGUAACGCUGUUAACGUGGCCUCGAGAAUGGAUUCUACUGGAAUUUUGGAUAGGAUUCAGGUCACCCGAGAGGUUCACGAUAUUCUAUUGGCCAAGGGUUAUCCACUUAUUUGUCGUGGAAGUAUACAAGUUAAAGGAAAAGGCAGUAUGAUAACGUAUUUCCUCAAUGGACCACGUGAUACUACAAAGACGAGGAUUAAUAAAACAGAAAUUUUAACGAGGGCUAAUUCGAAUCACAACAAUAAUGCUAAUGUCAACGAAAGAAUGUCGUCUCCCAAUAAUGGUGCAACACUUUGAAGAAGAAGAAGAAGAAGAAGAAGAAGAGAGAUGAAGAAGAAUGAAAGAAAGAAAGUCAUUUUUUUGAGAUUAUCGAUAAAAAUAUCAUUCUUGUGUGCUUUCUUUACACGUUUAGUACUGAUAAAACUUUGAUUAUCUGGCCAAGUUGUACAAUAUUUUAGCGACGAAUGAAAAAAA